UGGUGUUUAUCUUGAAGGGGGUUCGUAAUAUCUUGAUAAGAAAGUAUUCAUAUCAGAGACUGCCUGGACCGGUGGGUCUCACUGCAGUCACUUCUGCACCGGCACUGGUGGCCAAGUGCUUUUCCAAGGUUAAGGCUCCAGAGUCGAACCUGACAACCAAUGGCUGCCCUGUCGUUGAGGAGGUUCUCCCUGCAAGUCCCUCUGCAGUUCCCGGAACACGAAAUCACCGACUCGAAAGUCGCCGCCUAUGCGGAGAGGGUCAAGAGGUCGGGCCUCGCGGGCAGGGUCAAGCUGAACCUCAACACGGACCCGAGCGACAUUCCCGAAGUGGAGGAACUGCUGACGCUCCUUGCGAAGGAGAAUUGCGAGCUGUGUCAGGUCACCUUCAAACACGACUUCAGGUAUCCUUCGGCGUCCGACACCUCUCUGGACGGGGCGCUGACGCUGGCGUUUGAAAGUUGUCCGGUUCGAAAAUUCUGGGGACGGCUGAACAACCGGGCUUUGGCCGCCGUGCCGGAUACGGUCGUCGAUCUGUACAUAGGAAUUGGCAGCGAAAAGCAUUACGUACAAGUCUCAUCCGAGCUGUCCAACAUCACUGAAAGGGUGUCUCGUCUGGAUGAUCUGCAAAUCCACCUGGCAGCUCAGGUUGACGUGUCUCUGUUGAAACCGCUCCCCGGAGUAGACAUCUUGUAUCUGUACCUGAGCAACGUUUCAGAUGAGAACUUGAAGUGGGCUGUCAAAGCAGCUGCUGCGAUGCAGCCCGUCUCUGGGAGUCAGAGCUUCUCUGCCCUGCGGUUCCCCCAUUGCAGCUUUACGGUGGAGGGCUUCAGGACCUUCCUGGAGGGGCUGAAGGAGGAGGCCGUUCGGUUUUCCGGUCUUUGGGUCUCCACAAAGAACAUCUCCAGGCUACACCACGACGCAUUCAGCGAGCUCACUCAGGAGGUCCUCGGACAAGACCUGAUUUUACUGAGUGAAAGUGACAUCUGGCGGUUCUAAGUGGAAACACGGUAUCCCCUGUUCAUCAAUCGGCAACACUCUUUGUCACGGCACUCCCGAGAAAUGAAGACCAGUGUUGCCAAUUGGUACCAGUUUACCCUAUAACUGGGUAUAGGACUUACACAAAACUGUGGAAAUAAGUGAAAUUAGCGUAUCUAUUUGUAGCAUGUAUACAUAUUAGAGCAAUUUUAUAAUUAUUGCAUUAUACUAUGACAGCUAGAAUUCAUGGAAACAGUUGUAAAUGCAUCGGCAUAUGUGUGAAGCUCCACUAAAUUGGCAACGAUGAUGAAAACUGCCUCACAGGUUAUGCACAGAAGCCGGAGAUCCUUAACGAUAGACGAUUUAUAUAAUUAAUAAAAUAAAUUCGCUAAAAUGGGGAAUGGUUAAGUGGGAAGAAUGUCCUGUUGUUAUUAUGUUCAUUGAGGAGGAAAUUGUAAGAUUUAUUCUUAUGUUCCUUAGCUAAAAAGUUUUAAAUGUUUAAAAAUGAUUAGACAGUAAAAGUUCAUGCCCUUGCCAGAUGUGACCAAACAGUAAAAUGAAGUGUUGACCUUUUCAUUUUUUAAUGAGGGAAAUUCGAGAAAUAUAUUUUCUAUGUUACCCUAGUCAAAGUUUCAAAUGAGCUACUCACAUAACUCAGUUGUUUACUAAUGGACUAAACUUGCUGUUUGUGAGAGAAUAUAAAGUUAUAUUAUGUUUCCAGUGAAUGAUGUCAUUUUGAAGAAGGUUAGUGUGCCUCUCAUUACUAGAAUUAAAUGAGUGUAAGUUGCUUAAAUAAGAAUUUAAGUAGGUUUCGUUAUUUCAUGUGUAAAUUAGGCUUACAAAUUUAAGGUUUGGCGUAUAGGUUUCAAUUUU